GAGGCGAAGAAAUUACGGUUCGGCCGGGGCGAGCGUUUGCAUUCAGCUGCGGUGUGACCUGUGUGUGCAAGGGAUCUGUAACGAACUGCCUGCAUUUUUCUGCAAACGCUGAUGUGAAUCAGGUGGCUAAAUCUUAGAACGUACGAUGAAUAUGGAAGUGCAGUGUUGCCUUAUGGCGCUGACGUGAAGAAGGAAGACAAGGAGACGACAGCGACACAGUUUCCUACAGGCUCCAGUGUGUAAAAGAAGAGACAUCAACUGGAGCAACCAUUCAUCUGUUCAGUUCAUUCUUAGCACAAGUUCCAGCCUUGCAAUCGGACCGCAGAAAAUGUUAAUGGCUCUGAUAAUGUUUCGUCAUUUAGUCAGUAUCCAUGAACGCAUUUCACGUGUAAAUACCACUGCAAGGUGGGAGUUCAUUUGAAAGUAUACGGUGCAGGUAAAAACUGUGGAAAGACUGGUUUUGCUCUGGAUUACACGUGUCUCUGGUAUUGAUCUGACAGACUGACAGAAAAAAGGCAUUUUAGUUAAUCUGGACAUGGGGAGAAGGCACAGAAUACAAAAGUCAAGUUUUCAGAGAAAAACAUUCAAGAUGGUUUAAACAAAGAAGAUAAAAUAUCUUGCAGUGAGAAGAAUUUCAGCUCGCAGUAUGUGCAUGCCUCCGAGUCCUCUGAGACCUUGAGUCAUAAAGGACAGAGGGAUUAGCAAGUGUGACGUUUCUCACGACUGUCACAAAUAGAACGCAUUUAGAUGUUUUCUGGACAACAAGAGCGAGCAACCGUAAGUGGGGGGGUUUACUACACGAAAUCCUCCUGUACGGAUAAGUCACCGGCAGACUGCGAAUUGAUAGGAUUAAGAUCCUAGCGGAUUUAUUCUCAGAAGGCGAGGAAGAGCACCUGCCAUACCUAACGUGACGGAAUGCAGGCCUGGGCUGACAGCUUGUUGCAUUGUCUCUGACAGUUGGAAUAUUCCCCGCGUCGCACGCCCUCUCCCCUCACCCAUUUCCUUUUCUGGGACAGAUCCAGGAUUGUUGGGGGGAGUAAGCAGGCCUGUCCUCUUUACUGCGUCUCAUUAAACUCAGAUUAACCUUCGUCUCAGAUUCUGACUCAAUCUGAGGAAUAGGAGAGAGAGAAGGGGGGGAAAAAAAAAACGAAACCUCCAGCCUUACCCAAUGAAACGUAAUUGGGCGGGGGGGGUGAAAAUGCAUUUCAAAAAAUGAAGGGGUCCCUGUGCGAUGCAGAAGCGGCAAGGCCCAGCUAGAGGCAACGCAGCUGAAGCUCGGGAUCCUUGACGACAGAGAAAAGGCUAAAUAAAGAGCUGUCAAUCACAGCCAAAGCGUUUUGGACUCAACCCCUGCGUGGACGCGCUGCUCUCACGGUCAUGGCUUCUCCUCUGCAGCCGGCUGUACAGACGGGAGCUCGGGAUGCACGAGAGGAUUAGAUGCGGACUUUCAAGUUGGAGCGGUCCAGCGGAGACCAUGCUGCGGGGACAAUAGGCUCCCUGUCUGAGGCCACUCUGUUUGAAGCCCGCUUUUCCUGGCUGGCGAGUUUGGAUGAUCAAAUAUAAGGGCCACAGUGAUGAGGUUGCAGUCUGGCCACAGCUGAGGGACAGCUUGCCAGCUCCUUUAGAAGAAUUCCUCCUCCCCCCCCCUCCCCAAUCACUUUGGUGGCCAGAAGUUGAAGGACAGCAGCUAUGGAACGAGUCCACUGCCGUCAACGUAGGUGUGACUAAGGACACUCCUCUGGAACUGACGCCGUGUCACUACCAGGACAUUCAAUCUGGGACAAAGCGGUUCCUGUCUGUUUUUGCUUUUCGUUCUUUGUCCAAAAACACCCCUAAAAAGGGCAGCUGGUGGGUGCAUGUCAGAAUUCACAGGGCAGCAAAAUGAAGCUGAAGAAACAAGUGACGGUGUGUGGUGGAGCCAUAUUCUGUGUGGCCGUCUUCUCGCUCUAUCUGAUGCUGGACCGCGUCCAGCAUGACCCAGCCCGGCGGCAGAAUGCUGGCAACUUCCCCAGGAGCCAGAUCUCCGUGUUGCAGAACCGCAUUGAGCAGCUCGAGCAGCUUCUGGAGGAAAACCACCAGAUUAUCAGCCACAUCAAAGACUCGGUGCUGGAGCUGACUGACACUGGGGCGGUGGCCCCCAGCGGUCAGCUGCCCUUCCGCAGCGCCAACGGCUCCUGGGUCUUGCCUUUCGACGGGCGGCCCACCUUCCUCAGCGUGCAGCCGCAGGACUGCCAGUUCGCCCUGGGCAAGCGCCGACAGACCGACCUGCAGAUGCUGGACGUGUACUCCCUGUUGAACUUUGACAAUGUGGACGGCGGAGUGUGGAAGCAAGGCUUCGAGAUCUCCUACGAGCCGGGCGAGUGGGACGGCGAGCCGCUACAGGUGUUCGUGGUCCCGCACUCCCACAACGAUCCAGGCUGGAUCAAAACCUUUGACAAGUACUACACAGACCAGACCCAGCACAUCUUCAACAACAUGGUGGUGAAGCUGCAGGAGGACCCGCGGCGCAAGUUCAUCUGGUCUGAGAUCUCCUUUUUCUCCAAGUGGUGGGAGAGCGUGGACAUACACAAGCAGGAAGCCAUGCGCAAGCUAAUCCUCGGAGGUCAGCUGGAGAUGGUGACAGGAGGCUGGGUCAUGACCGACGAGGCCAACGUCCACUACUUCGCCAUGAUCGACCAGCUCAUCGAGGGCCAUCAGUGGCUGGAGAAGAAUAUAGGGGUGACCCCGCGCUCAGGGUGGGCCGUGGACCCCUUCGGCCACAGUGCCACUAUGCCCUACUUGCUGAAGAGGGCCAACCUGACCAGCAUGCUUAUCCAGAGAGUGCACUACUCCAUCAAGAAGCACUUUGCCGCCACUCGCAGUCUGGAGUUCAUGUGGAGGCAGGCGUGGGAUCCGGAGUCCAGCACGGAUAUCUUCUGCCACAUGAUGCCCUUCUAUAGCUAUGACGUGCCUCACACGUGUGGGCCCGACCCCAAGAUUUGCUGCCAGUUUGACUUCAAGAGGCUGCCAGGGGGCAGGGUCAACUGCCCCUGGAAGGUGCCCCCCCGCGCCAUCGUGGAAGCCAACGUGGCCGAGAGGGCACACCUGCUGCUAGACCAGUACCGGAAGAAGUCCAAGCUGUUCCGCAGCAAAGUGGUUCUGGUUCCGCUGGGAGACGAUUUCCGCUACGAUAAAGCUCUGGAGUGGGACCAGCAGUACCUCAACUAUCAGAAGCUGUUUGACUACAUGAACUCCCACCCAGAGAUGCACGUGCAUGCCCAAUUCGGGACCCUGACGGACUACUUCGACGCGGUCUACAAGAUGAACGAAGUGGCCCAGGGGGCGAGACCGCCAGACUAUCCAGUGCUGAGCGGGGACUUCUUCGCCUACGCCGACCGGGAGGACCACUACUGGAGCGGAUACUACACCUCCCGGCCCUUCUACAAGAACCUGGACCGCGUGCUGGAGUCCCACCUCAGGGGCGCGGAGAUCCUGUACAGCCUGGCUGUGGCCCAUGCGAGGCAUGCGGGCAUGGAGGGCCGCUACCCCGUCUCAGACUACGCCCUGCUGACCGACGCCCGCCGCAACGUCGGCCUCUUCCAGCACCACGACGCCAUCACGGGAACCGCCAAGGAGGCCGUCGUCAUCGACUACGGCUCCAGGCUACUGCGCUCCCUCAUCGGGCUGAAGAAAGUGAUCAUAAACGCCGCUCACUUCCUCAUACUGAAGAACAAGGACGUGUACCGCUUCUACUCGACAGAGCCCUUCCUGGAAACGGAUGACAGGCGGGCCACGCAGGACUCCCUGCCUCAGCGAACACUCAUUGAACUGGAUAGCUCUCCCAGGUUCGUGGUGCUGUUUAACCCGGUGGAGCAGGAACGCCUGUGUGUGGUGACGGUGCUGGUGAACUCGGCGCGGGUUCGAGUGCUGACGGAGGACGGGCAGACGCUCCCGGUGCAGCUGAGCGCCCAGUGGAGCACCGCCAGCGAGAUGAGCGGCGACGCCUACCAGGCCUCCUUCAUGGCCCGGCUGCCGGCCCUGGGCCUGGCCGUCUUCCACCUGUAUGACUCCUUCGACUCGCCCAUGACGCUGCGCUCCGACACCCUGCUGCGGCUGAACGGGCGCGGGGUGACGGCGCGGGGCGUGGACCCGCUCCCGCUGCGCACGCAGACCGCGGACCCGCGCACCUUCCACAUCCGCAGCCAGUCGCUGACGCUGGGCUUCUCCGGCACCACGGGCCUGCUGGAGACCAUCCGGCAUAAGGACGACCCCCAGGAGGUCAGGGUGCAAAUGGAGUUCCUCGUCUACGGCACGCGGCCCUCCAAAGACAAGAGCGGAGCGUACCUCUUCCUGCCUGACGGGAAGGCCAAGCCGUACAGUCAGAGAGAGCCCCCGGUGGUGAGAGUGGUAGAGGGCCCCCUCUUCUCUGAGGUGGUGGCACAUUACCAGCACUUCCAGCAGACCAUCCGCAUUCACAACGUGCCAGGUGUGGACGGCCUCUCCCUGGACGUCACCACCAUGGUGGACAUCCGAGACCAGACCAACAAAGAGCUGGCCAUGCGCCUGGUCACAGACAUCCAGAGCAGGGACACCUUCUUCACCGACCUCAACGGCUUCCAGAUCCAGCCGCGGCGCUACUUCAAGAAGCUCCCUCUGCAGGCCAACUUCUACCCCAUGCCCACCAUGGCCUACAUCCAGGACAGCCAGUACCGGCUCACCCUGCACACCGCCCAGGCGCUGGGGGUGUCCAGCCUGGAGAGCGGUCAGCUGGAGGUGAUCCUGGACAGGCGUCUGAUGCAGGACGAUAACCGCGGCCUGGGACAGGGCCUGAAGGACAACAAGAGGACGGCCAACAGGUUCCGGAUCCUGCUGGAGAGGAGAUCCGGCGCCAAGCACGGCGUCUUAGCCAAAGUCUUUUCCAUCCUUUACUCUUUCAUCUCCUACGUCUUUGGAAGCGGAGUUGAAGAGGUGGUGGACAUCUCGCCGGUCAGCUUCCCGUCGCUGCUGAGUCACAUGACCUCGGCCAUCCUGAACCACGAGGUCCUGGCGCUGCCGGUGCUGCCGAAGAGGCGCGGCGUGCCCCCCCUGCGCUCCUUCGCCCCGCUCGCAAGCACCAUGCCCUGCGACUUCCACCUGCUCAACCUGCGCAGCAUACAGGGCCAGGUGGAGCACUCUCCAUCCCCGUACUCUGCCCUCAUCCUGCACCGCAAGGGACUGGACUGCGGCCUGGAGGCCCCGAACCCCGGCUUCAACUGCACCACCACGCAGGGCAAGCUGGCCGUCGCAGGGCUGUUCCAGGGCCUGGACGUGCACCUGAUCCAGCCCGUGUCCCUGUCCCUCAUGUACUCCUCCACCCCGCUGUCCAACGGCUCCUCUAUCAGUCUGGACCCCAUGGAGAUCUCCGCCUUCAGGCUGAAACUGCGCUAGGCCCCCCCCUCCCCCCCCCCCC